AUGAGAGUGGUAAAUUGAUUGCCUUUAUCAAGAACUAAUUCUGACUUGUAGACAAUAUCCCAGGACCAUCAAGUGAUUCCCCGCCUGCGUGAACAAAGGAAUCAUAGAAGCGGUUCAGCAAGGCUAUGUACACAUUCAGUUAUUUUGUUUUUAAAUAUAACUUUUCGACAAUAACCGUCUCCAAAUUAACUCUGGGUAAACGGGGGUGGGGGCAAAGGCAAGAAAAGGAAUGGAUGGCAGUAGAAAAGGGCAUUGGGUUAAGCAAACGAUUCCACGCGUAGCAUAUUACUCCCCCUUUUCGCCGAUGGCGUAGUAUCUCGAUUAAUCGAUAUCUAAUAGAUAUCUAUUUUUGCGACAAAAUAGAUAUCCAGUCGAUAUAUAUAUCUCGCCAAAUAGAUAUCUAAUAGAUAUCUACUCGAUAUAGUUUGCUACUUGGGUACUCCUAUAAUUUCACAUUAACACGAACAAUAUGAUACAUGAUUCAAGAGUAUUUUGACAGUUUUGAUUGUAACUUAGCAUUGAAUGCCUCUUACUCCUGAUAUAUAUUCAUCUUUUCCAGCUCUUAGUCCAGACAACGAUGGUAAGUCUCCUGAAAAACACGUAAGAACUGUGCGACCUCCCCCUUACAGCUGGCCAGAUUGACUGAUUGUAACGGCCGAGGACGUCAAGGGUAGCACACACUGGAGAAAGGAAACGCCGAGAAGACAUCCUGGCGGAGGUAGACCUGAACAGAACUGUUAAUAUCUCUCGAAACUCGUUCACACGCAGAAGAAGAGAGUACGUCGAGUACGGAUAUAGUGUAAUGGAACAACUGAUAUGAAGAAUGUAUAUAACAAAUGUUAAUGUACACUAGCAACGAGGAACAGCAACUAGAUGACCUGUCUGGAUGGAUAGACGACCCUGCGAUACCAAUUAAACAGCCGAUGGGGAUGCAGCGUUGUGGGCAACUGCAGGGAAGGGUCGGGGGGAGCCGACGUUGAGUGAGGGAGCGAGAGAGAAUCGAGAGCGACGGUUCGUUGCGGGAGGGGGGGGGGUCGGCGGUAGCGAGGGGAAGGGACACCGGCCGUCUUCGCCAGCACGCAGUUACGCCAUCUCCAUCCCAGGUCCGCGCGCCGAAAGUCACAUCAUUCAAACAACUCUGUCCAAGUCCAGGGGCGUUACAUGACAACUAUCCACUAGAGCACACCGAAAUUUACCCAACAGGAAAAUAAUUUCAAGGUCAGGCCGAUAUCAAAGUUCUUCAAUUGCCAUGAAGGACAUAUUAUUCAUGCCCCCAAAAACUACCAAAUUGCAAACUUCAAUUUUUAUAUUGUACAUAUUGUUAUUUUUUAAAACUUUUGUUAUUAUUUUCCUUAAAAACUGAGGUUUUCUAACUUAAAACAAACUCUCAAUUCGCGCUCUUUUGGCUAAACAGACAACCGAAACAAAUGAAAUCAAAGUUCAGUUGAAAUUGAUGAGUUUGUUUUGGGUUUUUUUCCUGAGUUUAAAGGGGACUAACAGUGCCCAAGGGGCGCUACAAUAAACCUAUUCUUUUCUAUGAGAGAUGUGUCGCGUACUGCACGUCACAGUAUUUAAGGGUUCUCCUUCGUUUUGGCGUGUCACUGACUUCCGGCGUGCUGUAUCUCAAGGCUUGGCGAUAGUUGUCAUGGGGGCAUCUGUUCCUCCUCAUCCUUUGUGGGGUGUGGGGAGGGGAGCGGCGUCGCGGUGACCGCGGCCAUUGCUCUUCUUUGCAUUGUCCGUUGUCCGUUCUCCACAUAUCUCGCCUUCCUGUCCCGUUCGCACCUACCCGUAACCGUGUGGACGGUAGUUGUCACGCCAGUGUUGACGUUGUGCUGUGGGGUCCUGUCACUGUCGGACGUUCUCACCGCGUGCUCGUGUCUGUCUGCGUUCAGACCCAGAAGGCGGUCUCCUAGGUUUACGUUCGCCGCCGGUUGUCCCUUGUUUUCGUCUGUUCCCGAUGCUUGUAUAUGCCCGUCCGUGUCCCCGCUUGGUCUGGGUUUGACUAUUGCCGUCUCUGGCCUGACGCCUCGUCGGUAACCCUGCUUGUUGAACUUCACCCGUAGGGCUUGGUAGGCAGCCGGCAAAGUUACGGAGCGGUUGAUUGAGGUAGUUAUGGUGUGUCAGGCUUCGAGCGUCUCCCUGACCGUUUGAUCGCUUCCAUGGCCCAAGACUUCAGCGUCUUGAAAGGCUAAGGCAGGGCCAAAGGCUGCGCGACUUUCCGCCACCAGCGAGAAUUGAUCCAUCCUUCGUACCGUUCUUGCGUGCUCGUGCAGGCGUGUCUGCAAUCUCUUCCCGGUUUCUCCAACGUAGUUUGCUCCGCAGGAACUACACGGGAUCCGAUAGACGACGUUGACAGUUUCGCCUCGUGGUAGAGGCGCUUUUGGUCUCAUGACCAGACGUCUAAUUGUCUAUUCGGGUUUGUGGGCGAUGCCGAUACCCAAUGGUUGCAAGAUAUGAGCAACUGCCUCGGAAACCUAAGCAAUAUAUGGCAGUGUUCGCCAGACUUUCGGCUGAUUUGCCGUUGACUUAAUGGUUGGUCUGGACAGUCUGCUGCGUUCUAUAAAAGUUGUGGGGGUAACCGUUGGAGUUGAACAUCCGCCGUAGAUAGUGGAGUUCGGCUACCUUGUCGGCCGUUUCGCUGCAGUGAGUGUCAACGCUCUUGUAGAGAGAUCAAACACAGCUUCAGUUGUGAUACAGCGGGUGAAUGGUGUAGUAGGACAGGACUUGGUGAGUGUUAGGGGCCUUUCUGAAGACCGUCGUUUUCAGGCUUCCGUUGAGCUUAUGAUGGACCAGAACGUCUAGAAACGCGAUCUGACUGUUUUUCUCUGUCUCCAUGGUGAAUUGAACAUCGGGAAGAAUAGACUUCAGUAGCGCGUGGAAAUUCGAGACCAAUUCCCGUUUGAGAACGACGAAAGUUUCGUCCGCAUACCGCGCCCAAAAUUUUGGCUUGUAUGUUGUGAACACCAACGUCUCCAACCUUUAAAGAACAGCUUCAGCGACAAAACCGGAUAGUGGUGAGCCCAUCGGCGUGCCUUUGAUUUGCUCGUACACAGUCAUUUCAAAGGUGAAGAACGUUUGGAGGCAGUAUUUAAGCAGUUGCACUCAAUGCCCUCGCUUAGGGGUAUUUUUUGCCUCCGUGUAUUGGCUGUCGAAGAGGUCAUUGACGGUUUCAACUGCCAAAUCCUUUGGGAUCGAGGUGAACAGCGAGGUUACAUCGAACGACACCAUGACCUUGUCCGUGUUAAUUUGCAGUCCUUUCAGUCUAUGCAGGAAAUGGCCGGAUGUGCGGACCGUCGUAUCGGAUCCCGAGGUGAGGCAGUUCAGGCGUCCGAACAUCCAUUUGGCGGGGUUGUAUGUGGGUGUCCCGCGCAAAGACACGAUGGGACCAUCUGGUCCAUCGCAAGGUCAACGGGAGCCUGAAAACGACGGUCUACAGGAAGCCACUAACACUCGCCAAGUCCUGUCCUACCACAUCAAUCACCCGCUGUGUCACAACUGAAGCUGUGUUCGAUCUCUCUACAAGAGCGUUGACACUCACGGCAGCGAAACGGCCGACAAGGUAGUCGAACUCCACUAUCUUCGGCGGAUGUUCACCUCCAACGGUCACCCCACAGCUUUAUCGAACGCAGCAGACUGUCCAGACCAACCAUUAAGCCAACAACAAAUCAGCCGUCUGAGAUAGUUUUUCACAAAUCUGACCGCUUAUUCGUUGAGCCGGAAUAACCUAUACAAGAAAGCAAGUACUUUCUUAAGUAGAUCAUCGCCACUGCAGUAACGAUAGGCCCUGUGGAAAAGGAUUCGGCACUGGAGUCUUUUCGGUGGACGCUCGUUGCAAAACCGCCAUCACUAAGCGCUUGAAUACUAACGUCUAGAAACGGCAAAAUGUCUCCUGUUGCCUCCUCGCGAGUAAACUGGAUAGCUGGGAAGACGCUAUUCAGACUCUGAUGCAAUUGCUCAAUUUCGCAGGUCUUCCUGAUAACGAACGUAUCGUUUCCGUAUCGGAGCCACAUUGUGGUUUAAAGGUUCGCACAGCUUCCACUUCUAGGUGUUGUAGUACCAGUUCAGCUAGUAAAUCUGAUAUUUGCGAGCCCAUUUGUGUACGCCUAACCUGCUGAUAAGAAUUUCCAUCGAAUUGGCAGUAUUUCUUGAGACAGAGUCUAAGCAUUCCUGAAACGUGUUGUAUUGGAAUGACGGUCGGAUUAUCUUGCAGGUGUCGGUUAACGCUCUCAAUCGCCAGGCCUUCUGAUAUGGAUUAAUUUAAAUGCGAUCACUGAAUCUUAUGUUGCAUUUUCAGGGCAUUGUAGCAGUAGACCAAAGUUCACCAUCGGUGACUGAUGUUACUUGUCGCAUCAAACCAUUUAAAGGGAUGACGGCCACUUCAACGUAAAAUUCAUUCCCGGGCAUCUUCUUCAUUUUCUACUCCGAAGAUAUCGUGUUGGCAUUUACCUUUUGUUGGGGAUUAUUUGUGUCCAGUCAUAUCUUCGAGGAUUUAUUCUACGUAUCUGUCUAGUUUUAUUUUCCACUUUAACGUUUUUCAGACAUCCUCUGCUAGUUUGGGUUUUUCAUCUGUUUUUCUGAAAUCAAUUUCGUUCUGUUGUAAUGCUACACAUUAUAAUUUAUCUUUUUCAGGAGUUUCAUUUAUUAGUAACACGCCACGAUAUUCCAGUCACGUGGAUCUCUUGAGCAGCUCUUAAAGUUUUGCCGGGUUACAGUUUUUCUUACAGGUGUAAAUACUAAGGUUACCGAAUAGUGGGCGUUUUCCUGUUACUUGAAAUGUAUGGUUGAACCGACACACUGUGUUUAUAUAUUUCGACUUUGAGGUAGUUGCUGAGUCCGCAAUUUGGAAAAUGACGCAGUCAUUGUGGGAUUUAGCCAUCCGACAAAAGCUACUCAAGCAGGGUAUUAUAGUAGCGGUGUCACUAUAAACAUUUUAGAGAAAAAUCGCCCAAAGGAGUCAGUGCUUGUCUUUGCCGGAGCAAGAUCAUGUGUUUGUCUCAAUUUUCUUGGUUAAAUUUCAACAUUAGGGAAAAACUACUAUUAUCAACAAUUUCCUCGAGAAGGAUGAAAAUCCUAAGCCCACUUUAGCCCUCGAAUAUAAUUUUGCCCGGAAGAGUUUGGGUCCCUAUGUGGUUUGAGCUUCCAUUUCGUCGUUACAACAUAUGCGUCAACGCAUAUUUGUAUGUAGGCAAAGUCAGUUGCGCACAUAUGGGAACUAGGCGGUGGACCCAAACUUUCAAAUUUGCUGGAUGUAACAGUCUCCAAAGACAGUAUCGAGUAAUAUCCAUCUUCAAUGCCUUAUUUGUUAUCAGAACGUUAUGUUAUAUUGUAGUUGUUGAUUUAUCGUCUCCUAAGGAACUUUGGGUCAAUUUAAUGCAUUUCUUGUCUACAUAUGAAGCGAGGAUAGUGCAGGUGCUCGAUCGGAUAUCAAUUAAGUCAAAGGAAAAUUUCCGUCAUAAGGUUCUUGCGAAAGCGCAGGCGCGUGUCGAUGAAAAGCACACAGACAGAGAAUUAAUGAAUAUCUUCCCAGUUUCACUAGUAAUUAUAGGAAGCAAAUAUGAUGAAUUUCUGGUAACUCGCUGUCUUAAUUUACUUUAAAAGAAAUUAAGGGAUGAUGAUCGGAAGUUUAUUUCUCAGUGCUUACGAUUUGUGGCGCAUUACCAUGGAGCUGCUUUGUUCGUAUGUGCUCUUGUACCUUUGUCACGUUCAGUUUACCAGUACAUCUGAUCCGACUGCGAAAAAAAGGAUUGGAAGUUAUCUCAGUCAUAUCGCUUUCGGAACUCCAAAUGUCGUUAUUCCUCCAAUAAUGCAAGAUAAACCAUUGCAUAUUCUCCCUGGACAGGAUUCCUUUUCAUUAAUCGGUAGGUCUGUUCUUACAGAAGUCUGUCCGAGGAGAAUUAACGCAUUACUCAAUGAUACACAUACUUUUCCUUUAUUUUUUUCAUUUUUAAACCGUGGUGAACUACUUACACUUUUAAAGAGCAUGCAACUAGUGUCAUUUUAUUGAGAAGGUUUUUUGAUCUAAGUGCACCUAAAUACACUUUCUUUUUUAAUCAAUAAUACUUCGCUAAAAGGUAGUUUGAAUUUUUCCUUAGUAUUAAUGUUUCUUUAGUCUCUGUUUAUCAAAUAAACAUAAGUUAUAUAUCUCGUGCUCUGAUACUUUCUCUUGUUAAAGGCCUUCCUCCACUCGAUAACGAAUUGCGGAAGGGAUCUGAAAAGUCCCCGCUCACGUUCUGGCAGUCUGCUUUCUGUCAAAAAUACCCACAGGUACUUUGGUCACUUUUCAAUAACCUUAUCCUUGAAACCGCGUUAGUUUGGGUAAAGAAAUUUUCCAUCACUUUUAUUUCGCAUAUCAGUGUAAUUCCGGCAAGCCCGUGUGUUUUUUUUCAUGUUCGAAAAUCAGUAGGACUAUCGUCCUGUCAUUCGAUUUAUGAGUUAUUUCCCAAAAAAUGCAGAAUCGUACUUAAAGACUCUAUACGAUUUCGAUAAUAGUGACCCUUUACAUAUCCAUUCCCAAGGUUUUGGACGGUUCUUAGCUAAUCAUUUAGUUUGUUUGGAAAAUGCAAUGUGGGAGUUAAAGUUCGUUAGCUAGAAUAUGAAAUUUUUCAUGUUCUAGCUAACGAAAUUUAACUUCCGCAUUGCAACUGUUACUGAAAACCUAAAAACAAAGGUGAAAGGUGUAGCAUUUCUGGGCUUACGAGUGAUUUUUUUACAUGCACAUCUGUUUACUUACUUGAAUUCAAGAACAAAAAUAUUAAUUAUGUAUUUAAAUGACCUGCAUUUUCUUGUCUAGGUUACACUACAAAUUCCAAACGAAUCUGGUUUUAAUGCUAAAUAUGACCCGGCACUAAGUAAACAGUUUACUGAGCCACAGGUGGACAACGUUCGGCAAGCGAAGGACGAAGAAUUAGAGCGCUAUCGACGGCAGUCCGAGAGAAGUAUGCGAGAGCAACUCAAACAGGCGGCAGCAGACGGUCUUAUUUUUGUAUGAACCUAUGUGUCUCUUACUGAUGCUACUUGUUAACUUUUACUGUAACGUUUCUAUAAUGUUUCGGAUGGCAUAUCUGAAUAUUUUAAGGAAUUCAGCUUUGUCAGACGGAUAUAUUGGGUCCUUGUUGUUUUGUUCGAAUUGAAUUCUCCUAAGGCGUCCAUAAAUUUCGACCUUUCACUGCUUUGUAGAACGAGAUUCCCACUUCUUUUAAAAGGAAAAUAUGACAAAUCUUCUAAUGUCGGAUAGAGCCUGAAGUAAUAAAAGUGGGACUGGUAAAGUUCUUUAUGUAUUUUUGUGAUUUUUUACACUUUUACAGGAGUCCAAAGACAGCCGAAUCGCAAACGACAUUGCACGUUCAACCUAAUCAGUGACUAGCUUUAGACCACUUAGGACAGUGUUGUGCAUCUCUGUAUACGAAAUAGGGUGUGAUAUUGUGUGUGGGAAAUUUUGAUUACAUUUUAUAGUUCCAGUCACUUAACUGACCAGCUUGCUCCCUGCUCAAUAAGUCCCGCUCUCGUCUGGAAUUUCAAGGGCGUGACCUGUCGCAGGGGUUGCAAAGUUAUGCUGGGUUAGUUCGUUACCGUCGACUGUCUAGUUGGUGUCUGUCUGUUUGUGGUCUUACUUUUCUCUAAUCUUGCCUAUAUAACUAUAUGAUUCCUGAUUUCUCUAACGCUGCUGCAGCACAUGGUGUUUACCCAAAAUCACAUAAUCUGAACACAUACUUGAGUUUCAAAACCAGACAUGGUGUUUGGCCUAUCAUGCUGUCUAUUUGGUUGUCCUUAGAGUAGCCUCCAUUUACUGUCACUGAAGGAGAACCUGUCGCAUCAGCAUAAAUGUUUUUCGAUGUCAUUCAGCCCGUCGCAUCCGGGUCAGUACGGCAUCCUUUCUACCUCAUGUACUCUCACAACGUCUUCCCAUAACUGAUUGCGAAAUGCCGCUGAAAUUUGAGUGAUUUCUCAGUGUCUUCCGGGCAACAAAGUAGUGAUUGGGGGUAGACUGUCAGCAGAAGUCCGCAGGAACUGUCUUUAUGUGAUGACUUGGGUGAUUUAAGAAGAUAUUCGGCAAAUGUGACAGACAAUCUGAUCAGCAAAACGGAAGCUAUAUUGGUUCGUUUUUUAGGACAGAAGUUGCGUAAUUUCGCAACGACAUUGUCAUUAAAUUAGUCCAAAUGGUCAUAGAGACCCUUGUGAGUACCCGCCCAACCUACUGCAACAUCCGGAAUCCACCAAUAGUUGGUUUUGCCCCCCUGAGGCCGUAUAAAUCAAAUACUAUCCAACGACCAAUCUUAGAACAUGUACUUUGUCUUCACUUGGGGAUAGUUAUCCGUUCACACAAACUUAUCGCUGCCUCUGACUUGUACAGCCGAUGUGCCCUGUUGGUGGGCAUGGAGGCUGACGGUAUGCCCUCUAAAUCAAUGUACCCUAAGUCUGAACUUACAGUGAACGGCACAAGCAUUUCAUCGCAAAACGCUGUAAUUCGGUCAGAUUAUGUCCUCUCGCCACUCCUAUGUAACUGCCCAAUAGAAUAAAUUACGUCCAUGACACUCCAGAACGGUGAGGACGUUCGGAUGGGACACUACCACCUUAUUUUAGACCUUGAUUAUUCUGACUGUGUCACACGUCUUGAAAUUUGUUUGAAUAGAUGUAUCCCGUCCUUGUUUUAAUAGCCCUGUUACCCCAUAUACAUUCGGUCUGAAACGGAAUUCCGAGAAGACCAACAUUUGCCUCAAUGGCUUCGUGUAGCAGUGAAGCGGAAUUUGUUUUAAUAAACUCUCCCCAUAGCGAGGGUUUCAUACCACGGAAGAGCUCCUGGACAAGCUCGGAACUUGCUUGCGAAUAAGUUGUUUUGCCACAUAAGCAUAUCGAGAAAAGAUGAAUCUUACUCUCUACUUUCUUUCCAUGAGGGAUAGGUCUGAGAAGAGGUUCACUUCAUAAUCUUGAUUUCUGACAAACUUUUCAUAGAAGUAAUAAUUCUACUUGACAGGUCUAUUUUGGCUGAAGAUUUCGAGGUCAAAAACUGGAAGUACAGUGGAGUCGUGGUCAUCUGAAUCCAUGGGGGACCUGGCGAUGGAAACUCCUCAUCUACUCCCACAUCAUUAUGAAAUGACUUUUUGAGGAAAUCUCGUUGAUUUGAUUCUGGCAUUUUCUUACCAUUUUCGGUGUAUGAUGCGAAACGCAUAGUCACUGUAGAGCGCGUUUAACGUUGAAUUUUAGGGGGUUAUCGGUCGUAAAGUGCCACUUUAAAGUAGCCGGUAAUCAUGGAUCUGCUUAAGCUCUUAAGACUUCUUCUUAGGUUCUGGGUAGUGACGGAAACUGUCCAUUCAGGCGAUACAACCACUCGAUGUGGGACUUCGUUUUGAAGGUCAUUUUCUGUUUUGUAGAUAUUUUUCCAGGUUGACGGACAUUCCUCUGAACUCCAACUUAUGUAUCCCUCGACCAAUUAAAAUCUGGGAACAAUGGCAAAUAAAUAAUAGACAAAACAAUUCCCAAAAUACGUUCAAACCCGGGCAAAGGAGUACAAAAAUUGUUUUCAACGAUUUUGCUCGCUUUCUCACUUGAAAACCUCGUCUGUAACUCUUCAACACAUUCUCCACACACUUUUACUUCUGACAAGCAGUCUAUCUGAAGCCAGUUCAGUCUUCAUAAAUCUUAGGGCACUGUUACGUGACAUGUGAUUUUUUAGAUUCUUUCAUAUCUAUGAUGUUCUCCGACAAAGUUGUCUUCUAGUCAUACUCACGUUUCCUUGGCCUUGAGCUGAAUGGAAAAUUAAGAAGGAAACAAAUCUAAUUCACUGUUUUGGGGUACUUUAUACUCCGAAAAUUCGAUCGUAGUACCUCCAUUUUUGCAUUAUGACGGCGCAACUAUUUUAUUGGAAGACUUCGAUACACCUAAUUAUUUGUACUUUCUAUUUUUAAGUAACUUUCAUUUAUAAUUGUAAUUUUACAGAUCAGAUUCUUCAAGAGAAGACAGUGAUACGCUUUAGUCUGGAGGUAUCAUUCCAAAAUUUUCAAUAAAAAGCCUCCAUUCACAAUGGGCAAAAUGCGCACGCAAAACAGAAAACAACAGAAGAUCACAAGCGAUAAUUGCCGGAAAAUGCAACUGAUGGCAUCAUUAAGUCGUCGGUGAAUGAGCUGCAAAAUUCGCGUCGAGUUUGACUUCCUUCACAACGAUGCUGGCGCAGUGUGCAGAAGACCUCAUUGUUGUACGUCAGAUAAACAAAAAGGGGAAAAAUCAGUAUAUAAUGAGUGAAAUAGCUCAACGGACGUACAUCAAAGGGAAUGCCCAUGUGAUUGAGGAGCAGAAAAAUGGCGGCUCAAAUUCCAAAAGUCGCUGAAAAUUAUAUUCGUUGUUAGAAUGGCAUUACCGACAAAGACAAGGGAGACUGGAAUGGCCACUUCCGACUUAUUUGCUGUCGUCAGCCAGUCAUACCCAACCCCGAAAUGUGGAACAGUUGGGACUCGUCCCCGCGACCUGUUAGUUGGAAGUUCAACGCCUCUAUCCACUGAGUCACGGGCUCGUUGCCCUUUCGGUUGCGAUCGGUAAUAUGCAAUGGUAGAGGACGGCACUCACCGAUCGUUUCAACGGAACUCACGCGUCCCGUUGUGCCUUAGGACUCAUUCUGGAGCCCAAACAGCAACCACACAGCGGCGCUUGGGACGAUCGCAACCGACAGGACAAUGAGCCCACCAAAUCUGAUACAGUAAGUUGACUGCUCAAGCAGGAUUUCCUAAGUCAUUCACCUAGAAUCCACCAGAUGACUACCAGGCUUACGUAAUUCAUAGGUAUUUUGACAGAUUCUAGGUGAAUUACUUAGGAAAUCCUGCUUGGGCAGUCAACUUACUGUAUCAGAUUUGGUGGAUUCCAGACGUUACAGUAGGUUGGGCGGGUAAACUUGAUAAAACUCGAGUCGUCCGGCGGGGCCUCGUAGCUCAAUUGGUUAGAGCGUUGGCUGUACUAAAGCCUUCUCUUACUGCGUGGGUUCGAAUCCCACCGAGGCGCCGAGUUUUUCACAGUUGGGCAACAUGAAUUAUUCUAACAGUGUUAUUUCCCUUAUCGCUGGAGAGUUGGACCAUCAUUCUCCGAGGUGGACUUGAUAGAGUAUUUGGCUUGCAAUUGUUUUUAUAGAAAUCGACUUGCGCUUGACCUACGAAACUCACUCCUCCCAUACUACAAUUUUCCACUGAUAAAGUUGAAGUUAGACUAUCGGGGAUGGACAUGGACGUUGUGUCCAUCUAUUCUUGUCACUCGUAAUCUGAUUCUUUACAUACACCAGGCGUCAGCAGGGGCCUUUUCGAGUCACGUGUUAGUUUGAGCGCCAUAAAGACCACAGUAAUGAGACACUACAGUUUGUUCCGCGUUUCAAAGAAAGACCAAAUCGCACGGUUAGCUGGCAACCCUUUAGAUACUAUUUUAACUCUUCGUGGUAAUUCCAGUCGUUCGAAUUUUUAGCAAUGACUAAUGCCCCCAAGUACAAUGAGAUAUGACGCCUCAUUAUAAGCCGUGGCCUUUCGUCUCUUAUAUACCGGUGUCCUUUAGUGGCCUUCCUACAGACAGGUGAUUAAAUGGGUCGUAGGGAAUGACAUGGAGUCAAUUUCCGUCUAACGCGCAACAUUCGCAUAUGCAGCAGUAGAUAAGCAUUAACGCAGACCCACUGCUGCCUACCUAACACAUGCUAAGUGCACCAACAUGAGCCCUGUUUGGAUCCAAAGCAACAGUGGUGCUGUAUGCUUAAGGAGGUUUGAUUAACGUGUCUAUGGGCUUCACUUUCUUGUGCAUUUGGUAUGGGCAGUUUGAGUUCCAAUUUUCAGGAAACGAACCUAUUCGAAAACUCAGAUCUUCAGAAGCAACUACUUCUAGCCGCUUAUUUUGUUUAUUCAAAGUAGGUACUGACGACACCUUAAGCAGGUUAAAUCUACUAGAGUGGAUAUUGCCAUCAGCAGUUUGUUCAUAUGAAGCGGGUUGAAACUUCGAUUACCAAAAGGCAAACAAUCUUACAUGGGCAUAUUUACAGCAUUGAGUAGUCCCCAGUAGUAAACUGAGGAAAAUGGAGUUUUGGCUACAAUGUUUGUGUGCACACCUGUCUACACCCGUGCGACCGUCUAACCUUUACCGAUGACCUUUCCACUAUCUGAAGUCCGUAGGCCUCCGGGUAACCACUAUUUAGGACAAUCGACAGAUCCCAUCUAAAAAAAAUUUUUAAUCAAAAAAGAAUCCUCUCUGAGGGCUGCAUCGUCGUUUUGGGGCAAAACUGAGGCCAAACCUGCUGUCGCAUGCGUUAAACCUAAGCACUCCUCUACAUGAGCCGUUGCAUAAAUGUCACUUAAAGUCAUCUUGACUUUGAAUUAACACUGGUGCAUGAAGAGGAACGGAAAAGAGAGCGAAGCGGACCCCGAGUAAACUUUCUAGCGCCGAUUCAGCUCAUUAAUUUCCUCACCAUAAACAAGCGAUUGUUCUUUGAAGCCAUCACGGCGUCCUCACAUAUGCCACCUGCGGUAUUACUAGGCCCCACACGGAACUGGUUUUCAGACUGCAAUGACUAAUCCUCAACGUAGUCCUUGUGGCAUUCUCACUUGCGUGAGUUCGAAGGCUCCCUUGGCGAAGUCUGGUAGGUUUGUAGUCAGGAACGAAAUCGUGUGUGGCAUGCGAGGUCGAGCUGUUUAGCAUUGUCAGUCAAUGCAUUCAAACCCACUUCCGCUCGUCUCGACUCUGUAAUCCCAUAGAUUUGAAAAGAUAUAGUGGGGUAGAUGCCACAUGCGCAUCCACGACGACCUGCGGUAGACAACCGCCGGCCACACCACACAUUCACUCACUCCCUACCUCCUCCACCACCACCAUCACCCCACCAGACAUCGACCCUCACACACCUCAUGCACCCAACUGCCACCUCCCACGCAAGUGGGAAGUCCGCAGCUCGACUCGGUCCCCAUGCGGCUUCGACUGCACGGGUGACUUGAGUCCGAGAUUAUCCCGACACGUCAAGCGUCGUGGAUAGGAAGGCGGCUGAUUGACGCCCGCUCUCAGUUCACGCAGUUCGUCGCGUUCUGUGUGUGUGUUGUGUGGAGUGGCGGACUGGUAGGCUGGGAACGGGCUGAAACAGCACCUUCCACGGCACUCUCACGCAAGUGAGAGACACGCCGUUCAACCCCCGUUGUGUGAAAUCCUGGUGUCGUGUGUAUGGGGGGCCAGGUCGUGCCGUGGCGCGCGCAGUCAUGGUCAUUCGACCAUGACAGCCACCGCGCCCAUUCCCCAUUCCAGUCUGCUGACCGGCUCGGACAGCGGCUGGGGUGUGGGAGUGGGAAGGGAGAGUGAGGUCGACGACUCAGCGCACUUUCUCCUCACUAUAAACAAUCUGACGCGCUUGAAGCUAUCACGGUGCGCUAAAAGCCGUGGCUUGGAAGGUUGCCAACUGACGGGGUAACUUGGACCUCCUCCUUGACUGGAGGCGGUCUGAGAGUCAGGCUGCAAUGGCUCCUUUUUAAUGUGGCCUUUAUGGCACUCCCAUCACAGUGUGGGAUCCGAGCCAGGCGUUGGCGGCACGCCCAGGUGCGGCUUCGGCCGUGCCAGCCUCCAAAUCUCUCUUGUGUUGGUUGAAGUCCUGGUUAUUUGUUGUGCGGACCAGGGGGCGUGGUGGAACGCCAAGGCGAGGAUCCGUCCGAGCCAUCCACCUGCGGCCUCCCUCGUCUCCGGUCUUCUUGACUCUGUCUUGACACCGGGCUCGGGCGAGGGAGGAGGAGAGAGUGUAGGUAGAUGCUACGCAAGUCUACCGGCACUAUACACCCCUGCGUAAGUCACCGUCCCUGCUCCCAUUGCUGCUGCAACUGUGGGGCACACGGUGGACAUCAUCGAAACCGAUGGUCGAAAUGUCAUAAAUAAUUUCACGAGCAAGCCACGAGCUUGCACUCUAUCCAGAAUAGUGAUGGUCCCCAUCGAUUGCGAUGAACGAACUACUGCGUGGUUUCUAGGAGACCAGAUAUUUCCGGCUCUUGCGUCUGUCCACGACAGCAAUGGUAAAACGGACUGUGUUCCCUUGCGAGGCCUGAUUCUCAUAUUUGGAAACAUACAUGUUCUUAUCAUUUUGUCGCAUCCCAUCACUUGCCUUCAGUAGGCGAUCUAACUGAUGAAGGAUGUCGACAUCUACUUAUGAUUGCUAAUCACUUACAAACCUGCACAAAUGCAUGUACCCUGUAUCUUUAUUAAUAAAGAACAUUUUUAAGGGAAUUAAAAAAUAAAGAAAAUAGUGAAGGUAAUAUUGCAUUGUUUAGAAAUGCCAGUCUUUGAAAAGUGAGAAAUUCCGAAGACGCCAGAAAUGCUUGUAACUGAGUCAACUUCACGCCUGGAUGCACAGAAAGCCUGUCCAUGCAAAAGACUGACUAAACAAGGCAGAAAUCAACUUGCACUUUUAUUUUAUUCUGGAUUUCGUUGAGUUUCAGAUCGACCUUGAAAUAUCGCUGAAUACUUCAUGCAAAUGUUAGCAUAGAAAAUUGCUCGAAUAUAUCGCAGCGCCCAUAUUCGCACAAACUUAUGAACACUUUGCCUGAUAAAAUUGCUUAAGCUCGUUAUCUUCACGAGAAAAGUACAUUUACCUGCAGGAACUGGGCGAGCGAUCAAAAUGCGCAACGUUUAAAGUGUCUGAAAAUUCUCAUCUCAAGUUCCGUCAUCAGGUUUCGUGAGUUAGGUCGCAUAAUGCAUGUUGUUUGUUCCUUUUUGGAUCUGAUUUUCGUGUUUGGAAGCGUUCUUUAAUCCAAUUUAAACUCCGCUAUACCUCGCACAUAAGUUAGAUGGAUGCUGGGUCUUUCGUACCUGUCGUCAAUGCAAGCGUCCUGAAUGGCGUACUAAACCAUGAAAGUCCAGAGUCACAGACGACCAAAAAGUGGACAACCUGGAAGUUUGCAAGACUUCAAAAUGACAUUUCGACUUGUCAUUUUUGCCUUAUCUCUUUGGUCGAUUAACUGCAGAGUUCCAUCGGAUUGAGCCAGUUAAACCAGACAAACUGACAGGAAAAUAUUAUCUCAGCCUUUCGUGAACUCCAGCUUAUUACUAUCCCGAUUCAUUUCGCUGAUUUUGAGUCAUUCCUAUAGUUCAAGAUGCUUGGCUUCGCGCCCGGCAUCCUCGUCUUUUCCGUCAUCCUUACUGGCAUCUUCUUUUCUGUUUUAAUAAUUCCACCAGUUAGCUUUGCCAAGCAUUUUAUGCCUUCAGCACCAGACCACCUGCUUAAGUCUCCGUUGAACGCACCCGUCUAGGCCUAGGAGGCGUUCACAUUGGCGCACUGACCUAUCCUUUUCGUUAUGUAAGCACGUACAUGAACUUCAUUCAAAACAGGAUGCCAGCCUUACCAGGUCUUGAUUGUACCUGUUGGGCCUGUGUACUAUCCGGGUAGUGAGAGCGGGGCACCUUGCCACACGAAAUGACCCUUUCUAUUUGACCCGCACCUGACACGAAAACUCUCGUUCGCCCCACUCUAUAAACCGCUCUAGUCGGCAGGCUAAAACAGCUGACUAUUACCACUGUGUUUAUUUUCACAGAAUAAAUUUGUGCGUGUGUGUCCCCCAAAGGGGCCACGUGGUUGAUGCACUGGACGAACACGGUGGUCAUAUCGGAUUCUGGCAGGCGUUAUCGGUAUGCAUACCAUACCAAAUGACAACAUUUCUGGGUGCGGUGGCAGACCCAGUUACCGGAAUAGGUCGCGCACAUUGGGACUUCUGCCGUCCUCCAUUGUUGUUGCCGGUGUUGUAGACAGCCAUAAUGGCAACGUCGCGUCUCUCGCUAGCGCCGGCACCUACGCCCUAGCGAUAGCCCACUAUGGCACGCACGUCUGCCCGGCUUCGAUUUGUCUCGUUGCAGUUCACUGUCUGCUCCACGCAUCUGGUCGAUUCUCUGUCUGCACCAUGCGAGGCUUGGCACUACCCUCGCGUGGGCUCGGAGCCAAUCAACACAACUCCCUUAGCUUAUUGGUUUAGCACAGGUGGACACAGUUCAGACCACUGGCGUAAACAAUCUGCCACGACACCUCUGCAGCGGCGACCUUCGGCAACACACGGCUCGUCGCUCACGCGGACGCCACCUCCGCGGUGCCGGACGCACCCUCGUCCGGUUGCCAACUAUCCCCUAUCUUUCUGUACAGAAUACAAUCCACCUAACUGGCGUCCCGCUUCUUACAACUUGGGAUAUGGCCUGAAGUUGUGGUGCACUGAGCAUACACCAUCAUUGCUUAGCCGCUACACUGGUUAAAAUAUUGGUCCUUUGCUGUGUGAACUUGAGGGUGUGGAGUGGAGCACCAAGGUGCGGGCUCGACGGUGCCAUCCACCGGCGCCCCCCCCUCCCGGUUUUUUUGACUCUGUCUUGACACCGGGCCCAGGUGGGGGAGGAGAAGGGAGUGUGGUAGAUGCAACGCAAGUUCACUUUCACUAUGAACUAAUUCACGCAUAAGUCAGCACGCUUGUUUCACCUUGUUGUGGAUUGCACAGUGGACAUCGUCAGAAAUGACGAUUGAACUGUCGUAUGUUAGCCUCAAACGGAUAUCACGGCGCGUCAAGCGCUGUGGUUCGGAAGACUGCUGAUUGACGCCCCAACUCAGUCCACGCAGACUGCCCAGUUGUAUGUCUUAUGUGGAAUGGCAGACUGAUGGGCGGAGAGCCAGGCAGUUGGGACUCCUUCCUGAAUGUUGUUGCAGCAAUCUCACGUAUGUGACAUGCACGCCGCCCACCCCCGUUGUGUGAAAUCUUGCUGCUUGUGUUCGAGGGGCCAGGUCGUGCGUUUGGCGCGCGCAGACAAGGUCGCUAAAUAUGCUAGCCACCGCGCCCAUUCACCGCACCUUUUAACUGACCGGAUCGGACAGUAACAUGGGCCUGGAACUUGGAAGGGAGAGUGAGGUCGAUGACUCAGCGCACUUUCCUCACAAUAAACAAACUGAUGCGCUUGAAGAUAUCACAGUGCGCUAAAAGCCGUGACUCGGAAGGUUGCCAGCUGACGGAAUAACUUGGACCUCGCAGUUGGCCCAGUGUUGUGUUUGUGUGGAGUGGCCGGCUGGUGGUCUACAAGUCAGACUGCAAUGGCUCCUUCUUAAUGUGGCCUUUAUAGCACUCCCACUCCGUGGGAUCCGAGUUUGGUGUGACGGCAGGCCUUGGUACGGCCUCGGCGUGCCAGCUUCCAUUCCUUUGACAUUGCUGAUUAAAAUCCUGGUAAAGUGUGUGUUGUGGACCAGGGAGUGUGGUGGCGCGCCUAGGCGCGGAACCGGCCGUGCCAGCCACCUGCGCCCUCGCCCGCCGCCGGUCUUCUUGGCUCUGUCUUGACAUGGGGUCCAGGUGGGAAUAGAGGGUACGGUUGAUGCUGCGCAAGGCUACUAUCAGUUUAAACUGAUUCAGGUGCAAGUCGCCUUAUCUGCUGCACCUUGCUGAGUAGCACACGGUGGACAAUGUCGAAACCGACGGUUGAAGUGUCGUGCGUGUGGGGAGGUCUGUAGGGGUAUCCGGUUGUUGGCCCACGUGAUGGUCGUAGUAGGUCGCUCACUUGCUUGCAGGCCUUGACUACGCCUAGCGUCCAUUAAUUAGUACCCAACUCUCACAUGUGGCUCCCCGAAGCUAGGCUCUGCCUAGUGGCCACACCUCGGCAACCGCCUCGACCGGCGGGCUAAACCAGGUGAGCGUAUCCGUGUGGGCAUCUCCGCACACAGUAAUCUCGGCUCCCAUGGCCGGAUAGAUCACCGCAUCGGCAUCUCCAAGAUGGGGUUCCGUCUGGAACACCGUAGGAGGCCACAAGGUAAGUGAGCCCCCAGGUAAGCAAACUUUGCUCUGCUGCCUCUGCUUCCGCUUGCUAUUGUUUGCUUGCUCUCUGUCUGCUUGUUUGUGUUUGUCCUUGUUGAAAACCAAAUGCCGCUAUGGUGAAUUUCCUCUGUCGCAUUUGCUUUUUUCUGUUCUUGUCUGCUUCUUUGAGUACGUCCUUACUGUAAACCAAAUGUCGUUCUGUCGAAUUUGUCUACUAGCUAAUUGUAUUUCAGCAACCAGUUAGCUUAGAGAGGGAGGGGAAACUGCUUCUUGUCUCUUUACCCUUCAUCCAUCCCCCCUUCCCCCUCUCUCCCCUGACCGCCCUAAGGCGAUGUCGUAGGCAGACCCAGGCUAACUCCCGUCGUUCUUACAUUAAACAAAGUUGUGGCUCAUAGUCGGGUUCGGCAGCCGUCUGACACAACUGAGCAGCCCUAUAUAAGGAGAGCAUUGCUCCCCCCCGCGAAGGGGAAGGAGUUAGAAAAAGUAACUUAAGCAAAUGCCGGAGAUCCACACCGUCUGCAGGCUGACUGUGGCCGCAGAUGCAAAACUCACGGUCGAAGCAAUCAAACCAGAAACAACACUCUCGCUCCUUCCCCUCCCCCUCCCCACCGCCCUGCUCGCCAGACUGGUAGGGUGAGUCCGCUCACCCUGGCAGCCUUGAAUGUUCGUCCCUUUUUUGACAAUCCAAGAAGCAACCGACCGGAACGGAGGACGGCGCUAGUGGCUCGGGAACUGGUGCACUACCAGGUGGACAUUGCUGUACUCAGUAAGACCCACUUCUCCGGACAAGGCCAACUGGAGGAGGUGGGUGCUGGCUACACCUUCUUCUGGAGCGGUCACCUCAAAGCAGGGCAACGGGGCGCGGACGUCUCCUUUGCCAUCCGGAAUGACAUCGUGGGACAAGUGCCCUGUCUGUCGUAG